GCUAUUCGAAAUUUCACAAAUUCAAAAAGGAACGUUAUAGGUGCAGGGACUUUGACACAUUUGCGCACUUUGGGUACUUUGAAUGUCAAGGACAGUACUAGCAUAGAUCUUUCAGUCAUAUGUUUGCCUGGUUUAAACAUUUACUUUGGUGGUCUUGAAAGUGGACCCUACAUGAAAUGUAGCUCUUUUCUCAUAGCCUAAGAAGUGUGGUUGGAAUAGGGGUUGGUGCCGGAGCCAACAUUCUUACCCGCUUUGCAGGGAGUUUUAUAUGCUUUUCUUCUUUGUUGCAUUUGGAAUGUUGAAACAUCCAGACUUGGUUGAAGGUCUUGUAUUGAUAAACAUGAGUGCUCAGGCAGAGGGCUUCAUUGACUGGACAGCACAAAAGAUCACAGGCUGGACUCAUGCUCUCCCUGAUACUGUUAUUUCGCACCUUUUUGGAAGCGAGGAGAUUCAGAACAACACCGAUCAGAUUGCAACCUUCCGUCACCAUAUUACAAACAUGAACCAGUCCAACCUUCAGAAAUUUGUCAAGUCUUACAAAAGUCGAGGGGAUAUAGAGAUUGAGAGACCCAUACAAGGCGGAAACUCUCACCUGAUGAAAAGAGAUAUUAGAUGCCCGGUGUUGCUGAUAGUGGGGGAUAAUUCCCCUGCUGUGGAUGCUGUGGUUGACAGCAACUCCAGAAUGAAUCCAACAACAACCACCUUUCACAAAAUUGCUGACUGUGGAGGUCUUCCACAUGUUGAUCAGCCUGGCAAACUUAUUGAAGCUUUCAAAUAUUUCAUCCAGGGCAUGGGCUACAUGCCAUCUGCUGGUCUGACACGUCUGGUUCGUUCUCGUACUGGAAGUAGCUCAUCUAUUGACCGUAGUCGCAACCGAUGUGGCACAAACACGUCACAGGGUCAGCGUGGACGUUCACACACGGAUGUCUCCAUGUACAGUACCCUUUAACAGCAUAGAACACAACCCUUCAGGACCCAAACUUUCUGUUAAAUGACUCUACAUAAGCAAAUAUCACAAUUUAACUUAAAAAUUUAAUUGUAGCUUCUGAUAGGCAGGUAAAGUAGAUACAAUUCAGUUACAAUAUCUGCUCAAAUGUUUCAACCUUUUAUUUCUUAUAAUGUACAAUACUUUGGAAUAAUUCUGAAAUAAUAUACAAAUACGCAGACAUUUCUGUUUAAAGAAGUCAUGUGUACAGCUUGGUUGUGUAAAUGAAUAUGUACAGAUAUAUUACAAUGGUAAAAUAAGCAAGAAAUUGUGUCGAAUGUUUUCCGUGUAUCAAACUUAACAUAUAAGCAUUGCAUAUAAUUUUUAUAUGUUGUUAACAGUUAUGUUCUAUGUUCAGUAUUACUAUUAAGGAUGUACAGAGGUUAUUUAUUGAUAUAUAUACAUUUGAUGUAAUAUCGGUGUGGUUAAUGUUGGCCCCUCUGACCUUAUAUUGGUAAGCAAGACAACUGCAAAUUCUUUCUGAAUGUGUCUAAAAACUGUAUUAAAAAAAAAUAAGUAAAUUUGGUGACUAACUCAA